GAGCAGGCUGCGACGCCGGCGGUGGGCCAGAGCCGAGGCGGCGGUGCUGUGUAGCCCGGUUGUGUCUGGGCAGCCGCAGGCCGGAGCAUCUGGCCCAGCGUCGGCGGCUCCGGGGCGGGGGCGCCAGCGGCGAAGCCCCCUCCCCGGGGAGGCGGGGCCGAGCCGGCGCUGGGGAAUCAUGCAUCAGAAGCUGCUGAAGAGCGCACACUACAUCGAGCUGGGCAGCUACCAGUACUGGCCGGUCCUGGUGCCCCGGGGCAUCCGCCUCUACACCUACGAACAGAUCCCCGUGUCCCUCAAAGAUAACCCCUACAUCACCGACGGCUACCGGGCCUACCUGCCUUCCAGGCUGUGUAUCAAAAGUUUGUUUAUUUUAUCCAAUGAGACGGUAAACAUCUGGAGUCAUUUGCUGGGUUUCUUUCUCUUCUUCACCCUGGGAAUAUAUGACAUGACAUCCGUGCUGCCUUCAGCAAGUGCAUCCAGAGAAGAUUUUGUAAUUUGCUCCAUUUGUCUUUUCUGUUUCCAGGUCUGCAUGCUUUGUUCAGUGGGCUAUCAUCUUUUCUCCUGUCAUCGGUCAGAGAAAACCUGUCGAAGAUGGAUGGCGUUGGACUAUGCAGGGAUUUCUAUUGGAAUCCUGGGCUGCUAUGUCUCGGGAGUAUUUUAUGCAUUUUAUUGUAAUAAUUACUGGCGUCAAGUGUACUUGAUCACCGUGCUCGCAAUGAUCCUAGCAGUGUUCUUCGCACAGAUUCAUCCCAAUUACCUCACCCAGCAGUGGCAGAGACUCCGCCCUAUCAUCUUUUGUUCUGUUUCGGGUUAUGGAGUGAUCCCUACUCUUCACUGGGUUUGGCUCAAUGGAGGAAUCAGUGCUCCUAUUGUACAGGACUUUGCACCCCGAGUAAUUGUGAUGUAUGUGAUCGCUCUUCUUGCUUUCCUGUUCUACAUUUCCAAAGUUCCAGAACGGUACUUUCCAGGACAGCUAAACUACCUCGGAUCAAGCCACCAGAUCUGGCAUGUCCUCGCAGUAGUGAUGUUAUACUGGUGGCACCAGUCAACAGUGUAUGUCAUGCAGUACAGACACAGCAAGCCCUGCCCUGGCUAUGUUCCGCACCUGUAAAUUCAGGUAUGGCCACCUGGUGAACCCAGUCAUUAAGCAAUACAAAUUGGGGAAUUUUAGAUUCCAUUAUUUCUAAGGUCCCCUUUUUUCCUUUUGCUUGUUUAAUGAGUCAUAAUGCUCUAUAAAAAUGGAAAAAUGUAUGUGGAUCUAUAGUAAGAACUGUGUUUGACCCUUGCAACCAUGAUUUGCUGUCUGUACCAAUGGUGAAAAUUAAGAUGUGGUGAGACAUCAGUAUCCUGAGUAGUAGCAGUGGAUAUGAAAUUACUAUAAAAACGGGGUUCAUUUUUAUGUGUGACCAACUUCCUUUUCUUAGGAGUAGCUCCUGUCUGUUAAAAAUGGAGGUAUCCUGUAUGCUUACCCUAAUAGGAGACGUUUUGAUUAAGUGACCAAGUUUGUUACAACCUGUGCUACUCCAAACAAGCUACUCCAAGCUAAGUUAUUCCCUUAACUAGUUUCCCCUCCCUUUAGGAACAUUUGAUUUUUUUAAUUAAGUAAUUAAAUUAUUUAUCUUUAGUUUGCUAACAAAAUUUUAAUUCCUCCCUUGAGAAAGGUACUGAGAAAAGCAAAUGAACACGCAUUGUUCUUAAAAAGAGCAUUAGAUUGGAAACUAGGAACACAACUGAGCAACAUAGUCUGAUAGCCAGAUCAUUAGUUACCUAAUUUUAUCCAAAAUAUUAUUUAAUUCUAUAAUUGGAUUCUUGACAGUGAAUUUUGAUUCCAGUUUUCCCAAAGAACUUUUCAGUCUGACUCUAGCCCUAAGUUUCAUGAUGACGAGUUCAAAACUUAUGGGUGCUACUUUGAAGACCAUGAGAUCUGAGUGGCCCCGUCUUGACCUUGAAGUGAACCAUAAGCCUUAGAAGUCAUGCAGAUGUCCCAUUUGAUAGUGAGAUUAUUCAUUCACCGAUGCUCCAAGCCUGAUUAUACUUGUACUAACAUCUCAUUGACAACUUAAACAUGUAUAUAAAUACCAUGUACAAUCCAGAGCUGAAGCAUUAGUCCUCUUAAUAGUAGAUCUUAUAAUCAUAUAGCUUUUAUUCCUUGAUCUUUCUAAAUACAUAAAUUAAUCAUUCAUAAAAACUUCUGUUGUCCACUGAAAUAUAAAGUACGACCUAAGUUUCAAGCUGUUUUAAGUACUGGUGUAGUUUCAGGAAAGUGGAAUCAACUAAUACAUCACAAAGUUUUUCUUGACAUUGAUAUUUAUUUCCUAAAUGCACUUUCUCCAUCCAGUAUUAGGAAAAUUAAUAUGCUUCACUAUGCCUCUACAGACUGUUUCUUUUUAGUAUUGUGGUUUUGGAAUUCAAAGUUUCCCAUGAUGGAAUGUCAGAAAGAACUUUCUCCCAGUGGGCUCAGUGAAGGCCACCAUUUCAUAAGCAUUGCUGUGAUGGAAUGCUACUUUCAAAGUGGUUGUACGUUAUGUCACAAAUUCAAUUCAUAUGCUCAACUUUAGAUCACCUGGACAUAGUUUUCAAGAAAUACCCUUUAUUGGUACAUGUUGUUCUUGAAUACACAUUUUACCAUUUUGGCCAGAAUAAAUAUAUAUGCUAAGUUUUUAAGUUAAAAAUGAGGAAAAUCCAGUAAGUUUAGGUGUGGAGUCAUUUUUUAUUGUCAAAAAAAAUCCAAGUCUUUUAAGUUUAAUUUUUUUUCUUUUUUCAGACAGGGUCCUAGUCUGUAGCCCUGGUGGGUCUGGAACUUGCUAUGUAGACCAGGCUGGCCUUGUAUUCAUAGAGAGAGAUCCACUUGCCUCUCCCUUCCAAGUGCUGGGAUUAAAGGCAUGUGCUACCAUGUCCAGCCCUUUAAAUUUUACUUCCUUAAAAUGCCCAGUUUGUUUUUGCACGUGAACUCUGUAAUAACUGUGUAUGUAUAACACAAAAAAGAGCAAACUUUGAAUAGUUCUGAUUGUAGGGACAGUUAUUCUGUGUUCUCUGAAAACGUCCAGUAUUAUAAUUAAACUAUUGUCCUCAUCUUUUAUCUUUAUGCUGUAUUUAUUAUAAAGGAAUGAAUGACUGUGGGUCACUGUCAGCUAUAAAAACUUGUGUGCGUCAGCAUUUAUUGACCAUCUACUGUGUGCAUAACACUACUGAUAAAAAUUGUAAUUAUUCACAUUAAAGAAUAUUGACAACUGCUUAAAUCUGAGCUUUGUAAUAAUGUAUAUUCAUUUGUUUUAUCAGUUUAUUAAAAUAAAUCAGGUUGAAAAUUGUAUUUCCAGUUACAGUAUUUAAAAGAAAAAAAAGCCAAUCUCACUUUUACCUAUAUACAAACUAUAAAAGUACAUUUUAAAACUGUCUCUGGCUGUUUUAAAUUCUAACAAUUUAUAGAGAUGAAGUUAACUCAGUAAACAGUCAUCUUUCUCUAUAAAGCCAUUUUCAAACAGCAAGGCACUGCUCAUCUUUUUGUCUUAAACUGAGUGUAGUUUGGUAGCUGUAUGGCAAAGUGUGCGUAUGUAAAUAAACGGGGUUUACAAAA